UCAGAUCCUGGACCUCAGGCCUCGGCCAUGGACUUUGCUCUCACGACACUGAGGCUGAUGUGCCUGGCCUGGCUGUGGCCCGUCGCCCUGCUCAAAGGAAGCAACACGCAAAACCAGCGCAGGCACAAGGACGUCUACCUUGGUGAAAAUACACGGCACAAACAUGGAGGACGAAUAGACUUUAAAAUGAAGAAGUCUGACAGCACCAAAUCUUUGCUGAUUAAAUCCGAGCAGCUCUUGCGAAUCGAGGAUCACGAUUUCGCCAUGAGGCCCGGUUUUGGAGGUUCUGCUAUUCCAGUGGGCAUCGAUGUGCAGGUGGAGAGCAUUGACAGCAUUUCAGAGGUCAAUAUGGACUUUACCAUGACCUUGUACCUUAGACAUUACUGGCAGGACGACAGACUGGCCUUCCCCUCCAGCAAUAACAAAAGCCGAACAUUUGAUGCUCGGCUGGUGAAAAAGAUCUGGGUGCCAGACGUCUUUUUUGUUCACUCCAAGCGUUCUUUCAUUCAUGACACCACCAUGGAAAACAUCAUGCUCAGAGUCUAUCCAGAUGGAAACAUUCUUUACAGCGUCAGAAUCACUGUGACGGCUCUCUGCUCUAUGGACUUCAGCAGGUUUCCUCUAGACACACAGAACUGCUCUCUAGAGCUGGAGAGUUACGCGUACAAUGAGAACGACCUCAUGCUCUAUUGGAAGAAUGGGAACGAUUCAUUAAGGACUGACGAGAUUGCACUCUCGCAGUUUUUUAUUGAAGAAUUCCACCCUUCCUACGGGCUAGCCUUCUACAGCAGCACCGGCUGGUAUAACAGGCUGUACAUAAACUUCAUCCUCAGGAGACACAUAUUUUUCUUCAUGCUGCAGACAUACUUUCCCACAAUGCUAAUGGUCAUGCUCUCCUGGGUCUCCUUCUGGAUCGACAGGAGAGCUGUACCGGCUCGUGUCUCUCUAGGAAUCACAACCGUGUUGACCAUGACUACUAUAAUAACGGGCGUCUCGGCAUCAAUGCCUCAGGUGUCUUAUGUGAAGGCGGUGGACAUCUACCUUUGGGCCAGUUUUCUCUUUGUUUUCCUGUCGGUCAUCGAAUAUGCUGCCGUGAACUACUUUACUACGGUGGAAGAGAUGAAAAAACUUCAGAAAGGAAAGCUUCCCGUUUCUUACAACGCAUCCCAGGCUAUGGCCUAUGAUGGCUGCUUUCACGAUGACAUGGAUGUAUCGCCUUUCCCCGAGCUCCCCACCACACCCAGCACCACGCGGACCAUCCCGGCCAGGGCCUCUUCUACUGACCCGCCACCCACCGAAGGCACGAGACUUUGGAGGAAACGUUCAGUGCGCAAAAACAUCCGAUUCAUAAUGAGCAACAGCUACAUGAUCGACUCGUACUCCAGAAUCCUCUUUCCAGUGGCAUAUCUUCUCUUCAACAUCAUCUACUGGUGUAUCUACUCUUGAUUAUGUAGCUUGGGAUUUUCUGAUCAUUUGCUGUAAUAAGUCCAGGAUAAGCCACAGUGCUGUUAUUGCACGAGACAAAU